AUGAACACGCUCAAGAAGGCGGGCAACUGGCUGGCGCCCCCUGCUAACAAAUCCGAGGAUGGGCGUGAUCAGUGGCCGUCGCGGACGUCCUUCAUUCUUGCUGCAAUGGGAGGCUGCGCUGGAAUGGGAAACCUUCUGCGAUAUCCUUCUCAAGUAUACAACAACCAUGGCCUACAGUGGUUUGUGCCAUACUUGAUGGCGGUCUUCAUCAUUGCAAUACCAGUACUGGUCCUCGAAAUAGCCAUUGGACAGGCAUACCGUGGUGGCAGCGUCAUUGCUUACAACAAUGUCAACCAUCGACUAAGAGGUCUUGGUCUUGGCUUGCUGUUUGUCGCCUUCUUCGUCGGACACUAUUUCGUGGUGAAUUUGGCGUGGAUCAUGGACUAUUUCCGCAAUUCCUUCACAAGUCCGCUGCCCUGGACCGGCAGAGGCGAGGAGUUCUACUACCAAGACGUCGUUGCGAACGUUGACCCUAUCGUAGGAAGUCUCAGUGAAGACGGUAGCUCUGUGCUCUCCUAUACGUCAUAUCCAGGAAUAGGUCUGGUAGGAGAAACAGUCGGCUGGACAGCAUUUACUUGGUUUCUUGUCUGGCUCUGCAUUUUCAAGGGAGUUGGACUUACCGGUCGAGUCGUCUAUUUUACCUUGGGCCUCCCGAUCGUCAUCACGAUCAUCUUAGUCGGUCGUGCUUGCUCGCUAGAAAAUGCUGGUGAAGGAGUUGGAUUGGUUUGGGCAACCUGGCGCAGCAGUGAGCUUGCCCGUGGACAAAUCUGGCAGACUGCUUGUGGCCAAGUCUUCUUUUCUACUGGUGUGGGUUUCGGCUACUUCACCAGCUACGCCUCAUACAACCAGAAAUAUUCCAAUGCAGUGAUGGACUCUAUCCUGAUCGUUUGCAGCAACGUACUCUUCGAGAACUUUGCUGCCUUUGCUGUCUUCGGUGUUGUUGGUUACCUUCGACUGUUUCCUCAGGAUGGUGUUCGCCUCGGCAGUUUUACUGUUGGCUUCCUAACCCUACCGUUAGCUGUGACUGAGAUGCCAGGAGCGAACUUCUGGGCUUUCGCCCUCUUCUUUACCCUCAUGGUUCUCGGGUUCAGCUCAGCAUUCGCUCAACUUGACGCAAUAGUCACGAUGUGGAUGGAUUCAGGCACGAAGCUGUCACGACCGGUCGUUGUCACAAUCUUGGUAAUGAUCUCCUUCCUACUUUCGUUACCAUACUGCACCCAGUUCGGCUAUUAUCUCCUCGAAGGCAUCGACAGAUGGAUUAAUGACGUCGCCUUGAUAUUCGUGGUGUGGGCCGAAUGUGUAUGUUCUACCACGGUCUACAGGUGGAAGGACGUGACCAACCAGGUCGGUCUUUUGGCGUUCACGAUAUACAAUAUCGGAUACUUUGGAGGCAUGAUUUUCGGAGUGGCUGUCGCGCAUGCAGUUAGUCCGCCAGCCGGUGCCGGACUCGGAUUUGGCCUGUACGUCGCUGGUGCUGUGGCGUCAGUAACGUUAAGCCAAACACCCUCCUCUGGAGCUGCCAGAUUCUGGGCUCGGAACACAUACGCCAGUCGCUUCUGGUAUCUGGCCUUCUACUCCGGCAACCAACUUCGACGAGAUCUGAAUCUGAUUGUCGGAACUGGCAAGAACUGGACCAUACCAUCGUUCUGGCCUCUGCUCAUGCGCUACAUCAGCGCGCCAAUUCUGGCAAUCAUUUUCAGCUUUGCAUAUCCGAGCUUCUACCUGCUCCGUUACGACCCACUACAUAUUCUGGGUUUCACCUUGGCUCAUGUGUGUUUGCUAGUCAUUGGAUUGGGUGUUAUCUUACCUAGGUGGUUCGAUGUGUUCCUUCCACCGCAUCGACUGAAUGACGGGAAGGUAGAUACGAUACCGAAUGUCAAUCAGUCAGCCAUUGAUGCUGAGCAGAAAGCGCUGGAGGAGGGCGGUGAUACAACGGGUCCUGGGAAAGACGAGCCGAUUAAAUAA